CGACAUGUCGUACCGCGCUGGUUCUCUCCUGAUGGUUCUGAUGGUUCUCGGCUGCUUUCAGACCUUCACCCAGGCUCAGAAUGUAAACGGACCGGCCGAAUGCUGUUUCAAUUUCUUCAGGCAUCCAAUCCCUGUAGGAGUUAUCACAGCGUAUAAAGACACCAGACCCGACUGUACGAAGCCCGGACUCAUUUUCACUCUGACGAAUGGGAGGCGUCUGUGUGCCGCGCCCGGUGUGAAGUGGGUAAAAAGAUGCAUCGAGAAAAUUGACAAGCGCCUGUUGGGAGUUUCAUUCUGAACCCAGCGGGGAUGUUUCUGUCCUGUCUAUAUUCAUCAUGAAAUGCACGUUCUAGUUUUAACUGCUUGGUUUUACAUUAUUUAUCAGAAUCAAACUAUCGGCUGCACGUAUUCAUUGAUUUUCUUCUUCUCAGGGCACAAGUGGGACUUGAUCUAGCAACCUUAUUCAGUAAUCUAUUGAUCUAUCUAUCUAACUAUCUAUCUAU